AUGAGAGCGCAGAUUCAAAAAGCCCCAGCGCAGAUCCUUGAAGUGCUGAAGAAGAAGACGACAGUCGGGCUGCAACACUGCAAGCCAACGUCCUCGGUAUGUGCACUGGAUUCCAAAGAUGCUGCGCCUUGUACUGGUGGACACACUUUCCAGUCCAUCCCAGGCCCAACUAACUGGCCCCUCCUGGGGAACCUCAUUGACAUCCUACGUAGAGGAGGCUUACAAAAACAACACCAGACAGUGAUGGAUUACCAUAAGAAAUUUGGCAAAAUUUUCCGUAUGAAAAUGGGCUCCUUUGAAUCAGUGAACAUUGGAGCACCUUGCUUGCUGGAAGCUCUGUACAGGAAGGAGGGUAACUAUCCCCAGAGACUGGAAAUCAAGCCCUGGAAGGCAUACAGAGAUCUGCGGGACGAGGCUUACGGACUUCUCAUCUUAGAAGGAAAGGACUGGCAGAGAGUAAGAAGCACAUUUCAGCACAAAUUCAUGAAACCCACCGAAGUUGUGAAACUUGAUGGGAAAAUUAAUGAGGUUUUAGCUGAUUUCCUUAAUAGGAUUGGAGAGAUUAAUGUGAACGGGAAGAUCAAUGACUUGUAUUUUGAACUGAAUAAGUGGUCCUUUGAAACUAUUUGUUAUGUGCUCUAUGACAAACGAUUUGAGAUUUUGCAAGAAAACGCCAAUGAGGAGGCAACUGACUUUAUCACAGCGAUAAAAACGAUGAUGAAUAUGUUUGGGAAAAUGAUGGUGACUCCAGUUAGUCUCCACAAGAGCCUGAACACAAAGACAUGGCAAGACCACACAGCUGCUUGGGACUGUAUUUUUAAUACAGCAAAAAUCUACAUUGACAAGAAGUUGAAGAGACACUCAAGUGGAGAAACUGAUGGUUUCCUUAGUGAUAUCUACCAUAACUGCCCCCUCACCAAGAAGGAACUGUAUGCAGCAAUAACUGAGCUCCAGAUUGGAGGUGUGGAAACAACUGCCAACAGUGCGUUAUGGGCUAUUUUCAACCUCUCACGGAAUCCCCAUGCUCAGGACAAGCUGCUGAAGGAGAUCAGUGAAGUGGUGCCUUCUGGACAGGGUCCAUGUGCUGAGCAUAUUAAGAACAUGCCAUAUCUCAAAGCAUGUCUGAAGGAGUCCAUGAGACUUUCGCCCUCCAUCCCUUUUACAAGCCGAACUUUGGACAAAGACACUGUGCUUGGGGAGUACAGUUUGCCUAAAGGGACUGUUUUGAUGAUUAACAGUCAGGCACUGGGGUCUAAUGAGGAGUACUUUGACAAUGGGAAGCAGUUUAUACCAGAACGGUGGCUCAAGAACAAAACCUCUAUCAACCCAUUUGCCUACGUACCAUUUGGCAUUGGCAAGAGGAUGUGCAUUGGACGGCGCCUGGCUGAGCUACAGAUACAGCUUGCUCUGUGCUGGUUAAUUCGUGAUUAUGAGAUUGCACCAACAGAUUAUGAGCCAGUGGAAGCAGUACAUACUGGAACACUGGUGCCUAAUCGAGAACUUCCUGUGGCUUUCAUCCGUCGAUAA